AUGAAGGUGAAGAGUGAAUGUGGCGAUCAGCAACAGCAGUUACCCUGCAGGGGUUAUAUUUUGGGCACAAUUUUGAAUUCCCUCGUUUGUUCCCAUAACCUUCCGGAAGCUCUUGAUGGAGAAAGCGGAAAUAUGGAAAAAGACAGAGAAGACUCACUUGAUGCGGACGAAAGCCAGAAUGAAGAACUGGAAAUGAAAGAUCUGUUACAGGAGUUACGAGCCAUACAAGAUGAGGAACAGUCUUGGGAGAAGUGGACACUAAAAUAUUGCCAACCUUCAAAAUUCGAUGAUUUAUAG